ACAGGAUGUGACACACAGCUUCUUUGAUCAACCAGAAUCGCCUGUCGACUAUCAAGAUCAAGAUUUACCGAGGCAGUCUGGUUAAACAGAACUGAAUAAGUACAGAUAUUCCACUAGAGUUCACAUUUCUGCUGUAUUUGGGAUUAUCCUUGGAAAUGAUGGAUUCUGGAUGUUGGUGUGCCUCGUGGAAUGCAGUUCGAAGAGAUGAAAUAUACAAACUGAAAUACUUAGUAUCAUUUCCAAAUCCUUGUGUAAAUUCGGAGCAGGGCGAAACCAUUCUUAUGUUAUCUUGCAGGAAACAGAACUUGAAAACAGUUUCCAUUUUGUUGAAACACCAAAAAGUCAAGGAGAUCAUCAAUAAAAUUUCACAUGUCGAAGGUCUUUCAGCUUUACAUUUAUCCAUACAAUUGGGACGCUCGGAGACCACGUGUCUUCCAUUAGUAAUGGCGUUAGUGGAAGCAGGGGCUGAUGUAAAUAUUUCCUCCAGAGAAAUGACGACCCCCUCAUGUAUAUCCGCAUGUAGAGGAUUUAUGUCGGUAUUGGCAUAUUUGAUAGAUCAUGGUGCUGAUGUUAAUGCAGCAGAUCAAAAUCAAUUUACAGUUCUCCACCACAUCGUUACAAAACCAAACGCCAAUUUGUUUUUGCAGAAAUUAAUUUUCGCUGGAGUGCAAAUUAAUUUACAAAAUAAGUUUGGUGAAACCCCGUUAUAUCUAGCAACCAUCUCCAACAACGAAUAUGCUGUAAAUAUGCUGUUAGAAACAAAUGGCUCUUGUGUGGAUUUAGCUGACAGAAAUGGAAUCACACCACUUAUGUUGGCUGCAAUACAAAAUAAACACGGUGCUAGUGUUAACAAACAAGAUGGCCGCGGUAGAACAUCUCUGAUUGUCGCAAUACAAAAUGGCAAUAAAAGCGCUACUGAUUGUAUGUUACAAAUAGAUUCCUGUGAUGUGAAUUUGUCUGAUAACCAAGGAAAAUCCCCUUUAAUGUUAGCUGCACAAAGUGGCAACACAGAACUUAUGGAACUUCUUUAUCAAUAUCGUGCAGACAUUAACCAACAAGAUAAUUGCAAGAGAACAUCUCUAUAUCUCGCAGUAGAAAGUAACAAUUUAAAAGCUGUUGAUAUUUUAUUAAAAAUGAAUGGCUGUGACGUGAAUUUGUCCGAUAUCAAAGGAAAAUCACCCCUAAUGUUAGCUGUACAAAACAGCAACACAGAACUUAUGAAACUUCUUCAUCAACAUAACGCCGACGUUGACAAACAAGAUGGCCGCGGUAGAUCUGCUGUGUAUUACUGUUUGCAACAAAUGUGCAGAGGUGAGGAGGAUUCCAUAGAAAUAAUGAAGUUGUUGGAAUGUUUUGGUGCGGAAUUUAGAACACAAAUUCACGGCAAUAAAUUAAUAAAAGACGCGUUGAAACACUCUUAUUAUUAUUUCCAGCAUUUGGUCGAUUCCAAUAUGGUUGAUUUUCAUGGUUUGGAUGAAAACGGUGAAAAUAUUUUACAUUAUGUAGCCAGAAGUCUCAUAGGCUCUAUUUGUUUGGGAAGAUUUUUUUCUUCGUUUGUUAAGGUAAUUGCUGAUCAGCGGAUUUAUAUAAACCGUAUAAAUUCUAAGGGUAACACGCCAUUAAUGGUUGCAGCUAUUUUAUACAACAUCCCGUAUAUGCAAGCUUUGUUACAACAUGGAUGCAGUACCAAUAUAAGGAAUAUUUAUGGACAUACUGUCUUACAUCUCAGUAUUAUUGGAAUCGACCAAGGAAAACUACUGUUGUACGAAAGUGGGGCUGCCAGAGUCGACAUCGUUUCCACGUUAAGUAGAAAUCAUGGUGCGGAUGUUAAUGCAGUAGAUCAAAAUCAAUGUACAGUUCUCCACCACAUCGUCACAAAACCCAACGCCUGUGUGAUUUUAUACAAAUUAAUUAUUGCGGGAAUACGAAUUAAUUUACAAAACAAGUUUGGUGAAACCCCAUUAUAUCUAGCAACCAUAUCCAACAACGAAUAUGCUGUAAAUAUGUUAUUAGAAACAAAUGCCUCUUGUGUGGAUUUAGCUGACAGAAAAGGAAUCACACCACUUAUUUUGGCUGCAAUUGAAAAUGAAAUCAAAAUAAUAAAACUUCUACACAAACACGGUGCUAGUGUUAACAAACAAGAUGGCCGCGGUAGAACAUCUCUGAUUGUCGCAAUACGAAAUGGCAAUAAAAGCGCUGUUGAGUUUUUGUUACAAAUAGAUUCCUGUGGUGUGAAUUUGUCUGAUAACCAAGGAAAAUCCCCUUUAAUGUUAGCUGUACAAAGUGGCAACACAGAACUUAUGGAACUUCUUCAUCAAUAUCGUGCAGACAUUAACCAACAAGAUAAUCGCGGUAGAACAUCUCUGUAUCUCGCAGUAGAAAGUAACAAUUUAAGGGCUGUUGAUGUUGUGCUCAAAAUGAAUGGCUGUGACGUGAAUAUGUCCGAUAACAACGGAAAAUCACCCUUAAUGUUAGCUGUACAAAACAACAACACAGAACUGAUAGAACGUCUUCAUCAACACAACGCCGACGUUAACAAACAAGAUGGCCGCGGUAGAUCUGCUGUUUAUUACUGUUUGCAUCAAAUGUGCAGAGAUGAAGAAUGUGGCAUAGAAAUAAUGAAGUUGUUGGAAUGUUUUGGUGCGGAAUUUAGAACACAAAACCGCGGCAAUAUAUUAAUAAAACACGUGAUGAAACACUCUUAUGAUUAUUUCCAGCAUUUGGUAGAUUCCAAUAUGGUUGAUUUUGAUGGUUUGGAUAAAAAUGGUGACAACAUUUUACAUUAUUUAGCUAGGUGUUUGAUAACUAUUCCUUGUUUUGAGUACCUUUUGACUGAUCAGCGGUUUGAUAUAAACCGUAUAAAUUCUACGGGUAACACGCCAUUAAUGGUUGCAGCUAUUUUAUACAACAUCCAGUAUAUGAAAGCCUUGUUACAACUUGAAUGCAGUACCAAUAUAAGGAAUAUUUAUGGACAUACUGUCUUACAUCUCAGUAUUAUUGGAUUCGUUAAAUUGACCUACAACAACUACAGCUACCAUGAAUGGGACUUAGGAUGGUCAGCUGCCAUAUUGUCUUCGGAUAUAGAUGUCAAUGCACAGGACAAAGAUGGACAAACUGCCUUAAUGCUGGCUGCUAAACUCGGAGAGUAUAAACUCGUGAAACAGUUGUGUAGAUCCUGUACCGAUUGUAAGAUUUUGGAUAAGUUUGGAAAGUCGAUGGUAAAGUAUCUUGACUUCUAUCGAAUAACAGAUUUGGAGUUCUGUAUAUACAUUAUCCAUAAUUUUGGAGUGGAUAUAACAGACAAAGCAGAAAAAACGAUGAUGGACAUGGCCAUAAAGUUUAUUGAGCGUGAGUAUUUAUCGGAGGGUCUUAAGCUGAUUAGUUACCUAAUAGCUGGCAACUAUAGCUUUCAGAAUCUUGGACAGAAUAGACGAAACAGGAUGGAUGAUAUCCCAACCGAGGAUGUUUUAUCUAGUCGAAUUAACGAUUAUAGAAAUCUGUUGUAUCAAAGUGGGGCGGAGAAGAUCGACAUUGUUUACAAGUUACCUUUUAUGGAAGAUGAGCAUGAGUACAAUGAUGAUACUGACGCACAGACAACUAGAUUAAUGUCCAAAGAAUCAGAAUUCCAUUCAUUUUGUAAUAAUAUCUGCUUAAAGUCAAUGUGUAGGAGAAUUAUUAGGCAACAUUUAGGACCAAACAUACAAGACAAAGUUACCCAGCUCAAGGUACCAUUAACAGUACAAAAUUUCCUUCUGUUGAAAUGUUCAUUAGAAGAUAAAUAUUUCAACCUAAAGACGGAAGAUAGUGACGACGAUGACGAUGAUUACUAUGGUAUGGAUGUGGAUUAUGAUACAGACGAAUUUUGUAUAGACCUUUACGAUUCAGAAGAUUAUUUUGACUUCUUUGCUUAUCAUACAUGUACAUCAUUGUCCAACUCCUCCUCCACCUCCUCACUAUCAUCGUCACCAUUAUCGCCAUCAUCACAGCAGUGUUCCUCACCAGCAUCUUGAUCCGCAUCGAUAGUGACGACGAUGACAAUGAUUACUAUGAUGUGGAUGUUGACUUUGAUACCGACGUAUUUUGUAUAGACCUUUACGAUUCAGAAGAUUAUUAUGAGUUCAAUGAUUGUGAUACAUGUACAUCAUUUUCCAACUCCUCCUCCACUUCCUCACUAUCAUCGUUACCAUUAUCAACAAUUAUCACAGUGUUCCUCACCAGCAUCCUGAUCCGCAUCGAUACCAGCAUCACCAAUAUUGCUAUCAACAUUACAACAUACAUUAUGCAAGAGGUAAAUCUGCCCAUUGCAGGUCUUUCUUUAGGCCUAAAAUGUUAUCUAAAUUAUUAAUUAACUUAUUCAAACCAUAAUCAACUCUCAAUGUCAUCGCUAGUCUGCGACAUUUACUGGAUUAGGAUCCGAUCUGCUGCCUAACGCCAAUUCAUGAUUAAACCAAAAAAUGGAUAAUCGAGACUUUUUUUUAUCGUACCGACGGGUUUUUUGGGUCUCAGUAUCACCCGUAAAGACUUCUGGCCAAAGGCCCAAUAUAUUGGGUUAAUCACAGACAAAACGUUUAUAAAAUCCAUAAAGAGUGAAUUCCUUAGUGGGAUAUGAUCAAAAUAAUGUUGUACACCAUUUAUCUCGUUUUAGUAGGAUUUUUAGGAAGGAAGAUGUCCCUACCCCUCCCGGGCCAACGGGGCUUUGUGCUUAAGCACACUUAUUUCCAAAGGCUCAUUAUGUUCUCACAUUUUCGACUCACGAGGUAAUCAAGGCCCCAACUUUUUAUGUAUUAUUACUAUAACUAAUUGUGAUGUUAAUAAAUGAUGUUAUUUUUUUUAUUAUCUUAACAAAAGUUUGUGUCCCGCCCCUGGCCGUGGAGUUGGACAUGCCAAGAACUUAAAACAGAGAGUUCUUUAAAUCCAAAAUGAGUGGUCAAUAAGGGAUCAGUCUAAGUUAUCGCUAUCUAUCAGUGACCUAUGUUAUUAUUUCUUGAAGCUAAGUCUAUAACAUAAAGUAUAUAAUAAAGUUUAUUUGGUUAAUAAUAAAAUGUCACCUUUACAA